AUGUCCUCUCUUUCUGAUACGGGAGAGCCCCCACCCAAACGGCAGCGCACAGACAAUGGCACGGAUGGCAAUGUUGGUCCUGCCGAAGACGAAGCUGCAGCAAGGCGCAAGCUGGAAGAAGCCCAUUUUGACCCCGACGAUGUGGCUGCUGCAAUCACCCCGCCACACUCGGCGAAGCCCCCAGGGGUUGGCUCCUGGUAUGCCAUAACCCCAAUGACGUACUUUAGCUACUACGGAGAUCUGCCCAUGUGUCGAUACAUUCUGAACCACGGUGGAGAUGCCUCAAAAUCUGGACAAGAGUUUUGGUUCCCCAUGUAUGCGGCAGUCCAUCGCGGGCACCUGGAUGUCUGCAAGUGGCUGUUUGAAAAUGGAGCCCAAAAAGAUGUGCGCACCGGUACAGGGAGGCUGUCGUUGAUGGGACACCGCCCUUUGAGUUGCUGUUGGAGAUCGCCAGGAGAUAGGCUCGCAAUUCGCAAAUGGCUGCUAUUAAAUGGAGCAGCUCAGGAUGGUUCAGGAAACUUUAUUCGGAGAAUAUUGCAGCGCGAUCUCUUGCCUCGCAAAUUGAAAAGUGGGUAUAGUAAAUGGGUGGAUGAUCGGCCAGAGUUACUCGCUUGGUCGCAAACAAUGCUCCAAACCAGACUUGCUUUUCACGCGUUCCUUAUGGGAACUGGCACCCCGAGCGCGACAAAACCAGACGCCGCAGAUGAAGGGAAAACCAGUUUUAUUGGGACUGACAAAAACGUCCUGGAUGAGCAGAAUCCUCGCGGUAGAUCCCCAGUGGAGUGUGUCAGUGGCAACAUUGGUGUCUUGAAGUGCAUUGCAGUUUUUGUUGGUGUGUGUGAUUCGAAGCAGUUACAGGUUCAUCAGCAGUUGUCUCGGAUGCUACCGAUCAUCUUAGAGGAUGAUCCUCCUCGUGGUGAAGUUCGCGACCGAGAGAAAAUUAGAGAUGUUGCUAGCUAG